AUGAUAAUGUUGAUCGAGGAGAGCAGUGCAAUUUUACAAAAGAAGUUGUUGCCUAAGUUGAAAGACCCGGGGAGUUUCACGAUCCCUUGCACUAUAGGAAAUUCCUAUUUUGAUAAAACUUUAUGGGACUUAGGGGCAAGUAUUAAUCUUUUGCCCUUCUCUAUAUUCAUGAAGCUUAGACUUGGAGAAGCAAAGCCGACCACUGUCUCUCUGCAGUUGGUAGACAGAUCUAUUAAAUACUCGAGAGGACUCAUUGAGGACAUAACGGUAAAAGUUGAUAAGUUCAUCUUCUCAGUCGACUUCAUUGUGCCCAAUAUGGAGAAGGACGAGGAGAUCCCUUUGAUACUAGGCCGACCUCUUCUUACGACGAGGAGAACCGUAAUUGAUGUCCAGUAA